GUAAAAUCUACCCCGACUCGGAAGUUCCGAGAUGGCGUAUAUAAUUGAUACGGGUCACACCUCUGCUGAGUCGCUGCCAAUCACUCGAUCUGUAACGACGAGCCAUGGCAUCGACCGACUCUGAGAUCUCAGCCACCUUGGACGUUGCGAAAGCAGCAAAAUCCGCUUUUGAGGCCUCCCAGCUGCUUUCCGCUGAUGUACGGAAACUGGCUUUGGGGAAGAUCGCUGGAAGGCUGGAGUCUAACAAGGCCGCUAUAUUGGCCGCCAAUGGCGAGGACAUGCAGGCUGCUCAAGUCGAGGUAGAUGCUGGCCGCAUGUCAAACGCUUUAUUGAAACGCCUCGACCUCUCCCGGGGCGACAAGUGGGACGCGAUGGUAAAAGGUGUUCGGGACGUCGCAAACUUUCCUGACCCUACCGGUAUAGUCACCUACGCCACAGAACUGGACGAUGACCUUGAGCUCUACCGUGUCACUUGUCCGAUUGGGGUUUUACUUAUCAUCUUCGAGGCACGUCCAGAGGUAGUCGUCAAUAUCGCCGCCCUUGCCAUCAAAUCAGGCAAUGCUGCCAUUCUGAAAGGCGGGAAAGAAUCUACCAGAACGACGUUGUUGCUAUCUAGAGUCAUUUCAGAGGGUCUCGCGCAGGCCACACUACCCAGCACUUACAUCCAGUCCAUCCAGACAAGGGCAGAGGUUUCCGCUCUCCUGGCUCUCGAUCAGUACAUUGAUUUAGUCAUCCCGAGGGGAGGUAACAGUCUCGUCAGGAACAUACAGAACAGCACACGGAUCCCAGUCAUGGGUCACGCUGAUGGCCUCUGUCAUGUUUACCUCGAUGAGUCGGCAGACCCAGAAAAGGCUGUCCGAAUCGUGCUGGACUCAAAGGUUGACUACCCAUCCGCUUGUAAUGCCGCCGAAACCCUCAUCGUACACAUGUCGCUUCUACAUACCGUGUGGCCCAAGGUUGCAAAGGCGCUUCUUGAUGCGGACGUCCACCUUCUUUGUGAUUCACACACGCUUGCUACACUAGAUACAUCCCAAUUUCCACAAGAAAAACUCGAAAGCCACGUAUCUGUGGCGUCGGAAUCAUCCUAUGAUAUCGAACAUCUUGACCUCAAAUUCUCUGUCAUCGCCUUACCUUCCCUCCACUCUGCGAUCCAGUUCAUAAACGCUCAUUCUUCACACCACACGGACUCGAUUGUAACAGAAUCCCAAGAGGCGGCGACAACCUUCUGCAGAGGUGUGGACUCUGCGGGAACGUUCAUUAAUGCAAGCACACGUUUUGCGGACGGUUUCAGGUACGGGUUUGGCACCGAGGUCGGUAUUAGCACGGGGAGGAUCCAUGCGCGGGGACCCGUUGGGCUGGAAGGCCUGGUAAUUUAUAAGUACAUGAUGCGAAGUAAGGCAGACAAGGGACAUGUCGUUGGUGAAUUUGGCGUGGGGGAGGGGAAGAGAAGCUACAAGCAUGCGCCCAUCAAAACAACCAUCGUUCCGUUUUAA